GCGGAGCCUAUCUUGACCAGAGUGAAGGAGGACCAUACCCGGAUCAUCCUCCCCGCCAUCGACAACAUCAAGUUCAACACGUUCGAGGUGCAACAGUACGCCAACGCGGCCCACGGCUACAACUGGGGCCUGUGGUGCAUGUACAUCAUCCCCCCUCAGGAGUGGCUGGACAAGGGUGACGAGACAGCCCCCAUCAGGUAACACACCUCACCAUAGCUGAGCACCCCCUCCAUUAUAGAUGAGGAUGUUUGAUGAAAUAUGGAUAGCUAGGUCCCAUAUAUGACUUAUUCAUGUUUAGAGCCAUCAACUAUAUGGCUGUAUGGGUCUUCGGUCCAAGUGUACAGGCCAAACAACUAACAGAGUCAACCUCAAACAAACAAACAUUUUGAUGAGGAAACCUUGAUAUUGGGUCAGUAGUGUAACUGCAUACAGUGAGCAAUGGACUUGACUUUAGUCUACACAACUUUGUUCAUUGGUGCUGUAUUGUAUGGAAGAAAUGUUGUCACUGUAAUCAUAGAAUGGAUUAUUAUUACAGUAAAUAUUCACCUAGGGGCCUCAGGUAAAUCAUGUUUUAUAUAUUUUUUAUAUGUUCAGCAUUAGUAUUAUAUCAUAUUUCCUAAAUCACACAGAAAUAGUCAUAUAUUUCUCCGGACGUGUUUGGCUGGGUCAAGGUCAUGGCAACACACAAAUCAGGUCAUAAAAUAGAUUUAAUUAAUUAUUCAUAUAGCCCCUAAUGAUGUGUCUGAACACUGGAGGUGACUUCUGAACCAUGUGCUAUGGCCAUUUGUCUUCUGGUUGAGGCAUUCAAGCAUAAUUUAGCUUAUGAUUGUAAUUUAACACAAUGUCAGGAGCCAACCAACAGAGACAGAAGAGACAAUAUGAGACUGUUCUGACAUCAUGGCUAUGCUACUUUGCUUAUUACUAUUUAAAUUACAACCGAACCAUGCUUAGCCAGUUAGAGACAGAAAUGUUAAGCGUUGGAAAUAAUGUUAAGCAGGGCUCUGUUAAGUGGUGUUACUGUUGCUCCUGAGACAGAUUAAACAAACAUACAGCAGAACAAGCAUGAAAAACUCAACUUUUCUUAUUAAAUAUUGUAAGAGGAGUUAUUGGGAUUCCUUUUCAUAUGGACUACAGUAACCCAAUUGUUUCUGUUGUAAGAUCUUUUAUGUAGUUCAUGAGAUGUAGACAUUUUGUCAAAAACAGCAGUGGAAUGACUGCAAACAUUGCAGGUGCUAUUUGCAGUCCUGUUAUUGACACUCCAAGCCUCAAGAGGCAGGUGGAGUGUGUUGGCUGUGUGGAUCCCUAUUGGAAAUCAUUCCUGUACUUGUUUCCUAAAGCCCUCUGUCCAUCAACAAUAGACGUAGUGUAGGCCUAUGGCUAUUCAGAGCUGAGACCGAUUGCCUUCGCACUCAGGUGUUUGGGCAUCCAAAAAUGCAUAUCCACAACAGUGCCUUCAGAAAGUAUUCAUGCCCCUUGACUUAUUCCAUUGUGUUACAGCCUGAAUUCAAAAUGGAUUAAAUUAUGUUUUCUUCUCACCUAUUUACUCACAAUACCCCAUAAUGACAAAGUGAAAACAUGUUUUUAAAAUGUUUGCAAAUGUAUCGAAAAUGAAAUACAGAAAUAUCUUGUUUACAUACGUAUUCACACCCCUGAGUCAAUGUUAGAAUCACCUUUGGCAGUGAUUACAGCUGUGAGUAUUUCUGGGUACGUCUCUAAGAGCUUUGCACAGCUGUAUUGUGCAAUAUUUUCACAUUAUUCUUUUUUAAAUACUUCAAGGUCUGCCAAGUUGGUUUUUGAUCAUUGCUAGACAGCCAUUUUCAAAUCUUGCCAUAGAUUUCAAGCCAAUUUAGGUCAAAACGGUAACUAGGCCACUCAAAACAUUCAAUGUCGUCUUGGAAAGCAACUCCAGUGUAUAUUUGGCCUUGUGUUUUAAGUCAAUGUCCUGCUGAAAGGUGAAUUUAUCUCCCAGUGUCUGUCGGAAAGCAGACUGAACCAGGUUUUCCUAUAGGAUUUUGCCUGUGCUUAGCUCUAUUCCGUUUCUUUAUAUCCUAAAAAAAACUCCUUAGUCCUUGUUGAUGACAAGCAUACCCAUAACAUGAUGGCAUGUUGAAAAUAUGAAGAGUGGUACUCAGUGAUGCGUUGUGUUGGAUUUGCCCCAAACAUAACGCUUUGUAUGAAGGACAUGAAGUUCAUUUCUUUGCCACAUUCUUUGAAGUUUUACUUUAGUGCCUUAUUGCAAACAGGAUGCAUGUUUUGGAAUAUUUUUUAUUCUGUAGAGGCUUUCUUCUUUUCCCUCUGUCAUUUAGGUUAGUAUUGUGGAGUAACUACAGUGUUGUUGAUCCAUCCUCAGUUUUCUCCUGUCACAGUCAUUAAAGUCUGUAACUGUUUUAAAGUCACCAUUGGUGAAAUCCCUGAGCGGUUUCCUUCCUCUCCAGUACCUGAGUUAGGAAGGACGGCUGUAUCUUUGUAGUGACUGGGUGUAUUGAUACGCCAUCCAAAGUGUAAUUAAUAACUUCAUCAUGCUCAAAGGGAUACUCAGUGUUUGCUUUUUUCAAUAGGUGCCCUUCUUUGCGAGGCAUUGGAAAACCUUCUUGGUCUUGGUGGUGGAAUCUGUGUUUGACAUUCACUGCUUGACUGAGGGACCUUACAGAUAAUUGUAUGUGUGGGGUACAGAGAUGAGGUAGUCAUUCAAAAAUCAUGUUAAACACUAUUAUUGCACACAAAGUGAGUCCGUAAAACUUAUUAUGUGACUUGUUAAGCACAUUUUUACUCCUGAAAUUAUUUAGGCUUGCCAUAACAAAGGGGUUGAAUACUUAUUGACUCAAGACAUUUCAGCUUUUCAUGUGUUAUUAAUUUGUUAAAUUUUCUAAAAACAUAAUUCCACUUUGAUAUUAUGGGGUAUUGUGUGUAGGCCAGUGACACACAAUCUCAAUGUAAUCCAUUUUAAAUUCAGGUUGUAACACGACAAAAUGUGGUAAAAGGCACUGUAAAAGCAAAAACUUCUCUUUUAUAAACUUUGACUGACUGCAAACAUCAUAACAUAAGAAAAGGAGGUGGAAACCAGACAGAGGAUGAGAGUGUGUAAGCAGUUUGCUCAUUGAAAAAGGGAGCUUUUUGCAAGAUAUCUAUAGAGCAGUGAUUGUGCAGAUGUUGGUUUGUGUUAUUGUGUGCGUGUAUGUGUGUGUGUGUGUGUGUGUGUGUGUGUGUGUGUGUGUGUGUGUGUAUCUUUCUUCCUUACCCCACAUAAUAAUUUCAUAAAGCACACUCCAUGCAGAUUAUUUUUUGAAAAAGAAACUACUGCAAUUAUCGCCUACAAAUAUAAAGUUGCACAGCAUCCUUGAUAUCCUUAAACAACCUUCUUUUGAAUAUUAAUACAGUGUCUAUUAAUCAUUAAAGAGUUCCCUCUUCAUCCUUCCUCUCUAAUAACCUCCUCCCACUAACAUACAGUAUGGCCAGCCGUACAGAACGGCAUUCUCCACUGCAUGUUAAUGUAUGGUGUACUAGCUACAGGCACCAUGCUGCAGUAGACUACAGCCACCCACUGAUCAGAUUGAAAAUAAGCCUUUUGACUCUGUUUGCCAUCGCACAUCAUGGACUGCUAUAUUUUUUAUAUAACAUUUUUAUGAAGUCUAUGUCACAGAGCACUAAAUGCAAUGGCUAAAGCCAGUAAAAGCAAGCCUAGGGUGACAGUGGCCCGGAAAUAAAAACGACUUUAGAGACCUAGAGAGAGCAGGCUGGAGUGGAGAGGAGAGGAGAGUGGCCCAUCCUAUCCUCCUCAGGCCAGCACAGGCGGCUCUCUCAUGGAGGUUUGUGUGUGUGUGUGUGUGUGUGUGUCUGACAGUCUAUAUUUACUAGAGGACCUUGUCCCCAUCAUAGCUUCCCCCUCAUACCACUUUCAAACGUCCCUAAAGCAAUGUUCCUUGAACAGAUUUAUAGACUCAGUUCUAUUGUAUUAUGGAGAUGUCUCUGGAAGUUGGUCCUCUUGAUGUUUUAACACAGACACUCAUGGAAAAAUGCAUAUCUAAAGAUAUACUAAACCCUGAGCCUGUGUUAUUUUCACAGAAUGUAGAUUUAUCAAAACACAUUAAUGUAUGGGUGCACUUGUACCUCACAUGCAGAUGUACAAUUAAGAGAGAACAAUGGUGUUCUGUUUUUUUCUCUUAAUAGCAACACAUGUAAAAUGCAUUGUUACUCAGGGGUUUUCCAAGGUUAAUCAUGCAUAGAUUUUGAAAUUAAAUCAAGUCAAGUAAAUAGUGUAUCGGCCUGCAGUGUAGCCCAAGGUGCAAACUGCCUUGUGUGCAGUGAUUAUUAACAUUAUUAUGAAUCCUGUUGUUUUAGUAAAGGGUCUCCUCAACAGAGUGCACUGUGGGUGCACUAAAGGUUAGUCACUGAAGCUGAUCAAGAACGCAGUUUUUAAAAGCCUCUCUCCAUCUCUCUCUUUUCAUCUAGGACACCAGCUAUGAUCGGCUGCUCCUUUGUGGUGGACAGAGAAUACUUUGGCCAGAUUGGCCUCCUUGAUCCUGGCAUGGAAGUCUAUGGGGGCGAGAACAUUGAGCUUGGCAUGCGCGUGAGUACAACAACACUGAUUAAUUCUGCUUAU